AUGUGGAAAGUACGUGAGAUGUUCAGUAGAUGCCUGUCAAAAGCUCAGAUGCAGCAUAUUCUGCAAGUCAACAAACAGUCACUACCCGAACAUGGUGGAGAAGCCAAGUUGUUGGAUCGACUUGUGGAUUGCGCAGUAUUUGGAUGUCCAGUUAAGUGUGAGCGCUGCAAAAACGGUCAACUCGUUUUUAGGUUCACUUUAUAUAAUCUUCAAAUUUUCACUUGA